CAUAGAGUAAUAAUACGACCUCAGCUGCCGUGGAUGAUAGUACGCGAGUUCUACCACUGCUACAACUGAUAACCCACUAAUCAUAUGUACGUCGAUGACUUGGGAAUUGAGGAAAUCUUUUCGCCAGGUUUCCUUCGUGAGGCAAAACCUUCGAAUUUGACGAACGAACAAAAUGGCGUUGACCAAUAUCCAGAGGAUUCUGGUCCGCGUGCCGUUCGCGCUCUCGUCCAAACGACACAUUGCCAGCAUCGCUUUGCAAAAGUCGCUGGGAGUUGUCUCGAAGAAACCUGCGCCGUUCCCGUAUUUGGAGAAAGACUAUACAUUACUCACGAGUAUGUUUGACAAGACCACCUCCCGCUUCGAUGAAAACACCAAAUUGAUUGUGCUCGAUGGACCGAUCGGUGUUGGUAAAUCGGCUAUUGGAAAACAACUGGCUGAUCAAUUAGGCAUGCAUUUCAUGCCUGAUAUUACAAUGGAUACUUACUAUAUUAAUGAUUAUGGUUAUGAUAUGCGUAAACUUGACCCUCAGCUACCAGUUAACUGUCGUAGUUUUGAUGAGCGUAAUUUUCUCGAGAAUCCUAAUCAUUUUGGAGCAGCUGCAUUUCAAAUAAUCAAAUUCAAAUUACGCUAUGCUCAUUAUAUUGAUGCUAUUGCACAUUUAUUAAACACUGGAGAUGGUGUUAUUAUUGAGCGUAGUCCAUACAGUGAUUUUGCAUUUUUAGAAUCAAUGUAUAAAUGCAAGUAUAUUAGCAAAACUGUACGUGACAUAUAUUAUGUAUUAUACAAACACGCAAUGCCAGAUUUAUUGCAUCCACAUGUAAUUAUCUAUUUACAUGCACCAGUAUCUAGAGUCUUAGAGCUAGCAAAAAAAAGAAAUUUACCUUAUGAGGUUAAUUCUAAGGCAAUGAACACUGAGUAUUUAGAAUCUAUGGAACAUGAACUCAAGUACAAAUUUUUAAGGGAUAUGAGUAAACAUUCAGAAGUAUUGAUUUAUGAUUGGUCAGAAGGUGGAGAUUCAGAGGUAAUUGUUGAAGAUUUAGAACGUAUGGAUUUGGACAACUAUGAUGAUAAUGAUCCUAAGAUAGCAGAUUGGAGUUAUUCAAGAGAACAAUAUUGGGCUGAUUUACGAAUGAAGUAUACUAAUUGUAAAUUUGAUAUGUUAUCUAAUUUCAAUGUUCCUCUUGUUGAUGCUCCAGAACUUAAUAUACCAGGCGAAGAAGUUGAAAUCCUUACACAUGCUUGGUUCAAUGCUGAAGGAAAUACGCAUCAAGUAGGAUAUGAUCCAAAAUAUCAUAAAAUGUCUGAAAUUAUGUUCAAGACCAAAUCUCCCAAAGAUUGGAGUCCGAUAUCUUAAAGUGAAUAAAAUGUAUGUUAAAUAAUAAAUACCCAACAUUUGUAAA